AUGUGUCUCUGCCUGUAUGUUACUCUAGCGCUGUUCAGAGCGGAGGGGGUCUAUAAUUACACUACGUUCCUGCUGCGGGAGGACUUGGGUGUGCUGUUCCUGGGGGCUCGGGAUGCCGUCUACGCCCUGGACAUGAACGAUAUUUCCCGGAAGAGGGCGGAGCUUCCCUGGAGUGUCGCGGUGGACGAACGGACACAGUGCUCGUACAAAGGAAAGCACUAUGAGACUGACUGCAGAAACUACAUCCGGGUCCUGCAGAAGGCAGAUGAUGACAGAAUGUAUGUGUGUGGAACCAACGCGUUCAGCCCCACCUGUGCUUACAUGACAUACUCUGAAGGAGAACUGAGACUUGAUGAAAGAUGGGACAGAGGAAAGGGGAAAUGUCCCUUCGACCCCUUCCAGAGACACUCCUCCCUGGUGCUUGACGGGGACCUGUACUCUGUCACGGCCGCUAAUUUCAUGGGUUUUGAUCUGGCUUUAACGCGGACACCCCUGCGCACGCUGUCCACCAAGCCGACGCUGCGCACUUAUGACUCCAUGUACACUCUCAACGAGCCCGUCUUUGUGCACAUGGACGUGGUUCGGGAGAGCGAAGGCAGUUCGGAGGGGGAUGACGACAAGGUCUACACGUUCUUCAACGAGAACGCCGUGGAGUACGACUUUCCCGAUGAGUUCAUGGUGUCACGUGUCGCCCGUGUCUGCAAGGGGGACGUGGGUGGACAUCGAAUGCUGAGCAAGAAAUGGACGACAUUCCUGAAGGCCCGUCUGGACUGCCCCGGCCCGGAACCCAGCCUGCCCUACCUCAUCCAAAAUGUCUUCCUGCUGCAGCAGAGUGACUGGAGAAAAAGUGUCUUCUACGCUGUGUUCACCUCACAGGGUUCUUCGGACCUGUCAGUGGUGUGUGCGUACAGCACAGCCGCCAUGCGAGACGUGUUCUCUGAAGGACAUUACAAGGCACCAAUCAAAGACACCUCACCUGUGAAAUGGGCCACACAUUAUGGACAGAUACCUGACCCCCGACCCGGAGCAGGUAUUACUGAUGCAGCCAGGGAGCAGGGCAUUCAGAGUUCCAUGGAUCUGCCAGAUAAGACCCUGCAGUUUGUGAGGGACCAUCCCAUCAUGGACGAGGCUGUGAGGCCCCUGAACGGGGGGCCCCGGCUCCUGAAGAGGGGCCCGCUCUUCACCCGAAUCGUUGUGGACCGCGUGACGGCACUGGAUGGGCUCAGCCAUGACGUCAUGUUCAUCGGCACAGAGAACGGGUUUGUGCAGAAAGCUGUGAACUAUGAUGGCGAGAUGUUUAUCAUUGAAGAGGUGCAGCUGCUUCCUGUACCAGAGCCAAUCAAAACCCUCUGGCUUUCUAGCGUGACGGGCCAGCUGUACGCGGGAUCAGAGACCGCCGUGGUGCAGAUGGCGUUGAGCGAGUGCGGCCGCUACAGCUCCUGCCAGGACUGCGUGCUCGCCAGAGACCCCUACUGCGCCUGGGAUGCUACUGCAGCUCUCUGUGCUGCUGUGUCCAGCCUGGACUCCGCCUCAGACAGGUCGACUCACUUGUCUUUCAGGAACCUGAUUCAGAGUUUGAAAGAUGCAGACAUCUCCACCUGUCCAAGCUUGGAGAGUGUGGAGCCCCAGAGCUACACGCUAAUCCCAGGGAACAACAUCCUCCUGCAGUGCCGGCCCGACUCCAACCUGGCCCAGGUGCGCUGGCUCUAUGACGGCCAGCCGCUGGACCCCUCCGACGGGAAGUACUUCCUGUACCGCGAGGGCCUGCUGAUCCGCGACGCCUCUGAGGGCGACUCCGGCCAGUACACCUGCCAGUCCGUGGAGCGGGUCGGAGGGAACCGGCACACCAGAACUGUGGCGGUGUACCAGCCGGGAGAACGGCCGUUACCCUCCACAGACGCCCUUCCCACCGAGACCCCGCCCACAAACGCACCACCCACAGAGGUCCCACCGACAGAUGCCCCGCCCGCAGGGCCUGGCCUGAUUGGCUUACAGGUGUCGGUGGCCAUGCUGUCGUUCCUAUUGGCUACCCUGUUCGUCUUUAAUGUGUGCCAAGGCCACCUCCCUUUGACUGCGUGCUGUGAGGCUGUGAGGUGUUAUAGGCCCAAAGUUACUCAAGUACAGCCUCUCAAUAUUAACUGUCCCCCAGCAAGACUGCCAAGCCACAUGUUCCUCUCAGGAAACCCUGUCAUUAUGACUCUUCCAGAGUAGCCUUCACUGACAAAAUAGAACAGAAAAUAUCACAGUUGAAAUUUUCAGUUGAAGAAAGGGAAUAAUAAGUAUAUACAAAUAAAAGAUGUCAGCAGGUGUGUGUCCUGCCUUUAAUUAAGAAGAUAAGUAUAAUGAAGUAAAAUAAACCUCAGUGUUCUGCUGUAAAUCUUGCCAAAUGGUUUCAGGAUCAGACUUUACAUGUAGGUAAACCAUGAAAAGAUAGUUCACAGAAUCCAUGGUUGGUCAGCCUAGCAAACCUCAUGAACAUGUAGUAUCUUAAUGUGAAUUAAUAAAACUUAAAAACUAUGUAAGAAAAAUCUACAGCAAAAUGAAGUGUUGAUAAAGACUUUCCGGUACACCCCGUUUUAAACGACAGCAGACUUUGUUUAUAUGCAUUCUCUUUAUUACAUCAU